ACCGGAAGCACAUCCGGGCUUAAGUGCUUUGACUGGGCAGGAUGUCGGGCUCUCUGGUGGAGGCAGUCGGAAGCGCUCUGCGCUGGCCCCAGGUGCUGCUUUUCGGGGACUCCAUCACCCAGUUUUCUUUCCAUCAGGGUGGAUGGGGAGCAUCACUGGCUGACAAGCUAGCCAGAAAAUGUGAUGUUCUAAAUCGUGGAUUUUCAGGUUACAACACCAGAUGGGGUAAAAUCAUUCUUCGAAGAUUAAUCAGGAAAAGUAGUAAUGCUGAAAAUGUCGUUGCAGUUACAAUUUUCUUUGGUGCUAAUGACAGUGCUUUAAAAGAUGAGAAUCCCCAGCAACACGUUCCAUUGGAUGAGUAUGCUGAGAAUUUAGAGAACAUGAUACAGUAUCUAAAGUCUGUAGAUGUUCCUGAAAGUAGAGUUAUUCUUAUAACACCACCUCCUCUUUGUGAAUCAGCUUGGGAAAAGGAGUGUAUUGCUCAAGGCAGCAAAUUAAAUCGAAUGAAUCUGGUUGUUGGAGAAUAUGCCAAAGCCUGUUUGCAAGUGGGCCAAAACUGUGGGACAGACGUCCUUGACCUGUGGACACUAAUGCAAAAGGAUAACAAGGACUUCUCUUCAUAUCUAUCAGAUGGGCUACAUUUAUCACCAAAGGGAAAUGAAUUUCUAUCAUCACAUCUUUGGCCUUUGCUAGAGAAGAAAGCAGCCUCACUGCCUUUCAUCCUUCCUCAAUGGCGGGAUAUAGGUGCAUUGAAAGAUGAUUACAGUCUUCUUGAACACCUUCUUCUAGGAGAUGGCGACCAUUAAUUAAUUACAUAAAAUAUGAGUUGGCAUUUGAUUUAUAAAGCAUUAAAGUGCCAAUGACAUUCUGUAA